UUGCUGCACGCCUGCGACGUAAUUUCAGGAAUCCGCUAGAAUCGUACUACGUACAAAUCGUGCACUAUGCAUCGGCCUUCUCUGUCGCCGAUUGAUGCCACAUUUCCAUGCAUUCAUGCAUCAUCUCAUAUCCUUUUUCCUCUGAUCACAUCUUCAGACAACUGUAUCUAUAUGAGAUGCACCUAUAUAUAUAUAAGAGUCCAUGAUUCAUAUCUGUACGUUUAUAUUGCAGGAAGCUUAGCAUCUCUCGAUCUCUUCUUGUUGAUUUUGCCUACGUGUGUGUGUAUUGCUAGAAAAAAAAAGGGCAGGUUGGAAUAGCAAAAUGGCCGCUGAGCCAGGAACGAAUAAACUGAAGAUGUUGCUGUACUUUCUUCUCCUGAUCGUUGCCACUCUUGUGAUUACUGCAGAAGUUGGUGUCGUUUUAGCUGCUGCUGCUCGGGUACUCUCGCCGUCGACGACAGAAGAAGUACCGGUGGUAACAAGUGUACGUCUGCCCGCCCAAACUGAGAUAUCAUCAUCAUCAGAAGGAGAAGCACGGGGAGGCGGGAGCAGCCGGGCGUCGGCGGCGGCGGCGGCGAGGAGGAUGGCGAUCGGGUCGAGGGCUCCGACGUGCACCUACAACGAGUGCCGCGGCUGCCGCCGCCGGUGCAGCGUGCAGGAAGUCCCCGUCGACGCCGGCGAUCCCAUGAACAGCGCCUACCACUACAGAUGCAUCUGCCACCUCUAAGUUCUGAUUAACUAGCUAGCAUAUGCAUGCGUAAUUGUUGUUGUGAUCGACCGAUCGAUGGAGGCCGCCCCGGGUGUGGUUUUAAUAAAAGUUUGUGCAUGCUAAUGCCAUGGCACUUAAUUUAGUUUGGACGUCGUGCAUGUCGUGUGGUUCGGUUCUUGAAUAAUUGUGGUCGAUAAGACAAUUAAUCACGCUUUGAACAUCCAGAUUCCUGCAAUAUAUAAUAUGUUCAUCUAGUUA